GAGAGGAGAGAGAAGGAGGCGGAAAUGGGUAAGGUAGUGGAGGAGAAGAAGAAGAAGAAGAAGGGGAGGCCGUCUCUGUUGGAUCUUCAGAAGCGGAGUAUCAAGCAAGAGCAAGAGCAAGAGCAGCUUCAACAGCAGAAGCAGAAUUCUAAUUCUAACCCUAACCCUAAUUUGAAGUCUAGUACGGUUAGUUCUACGCCCGUCCGCCGAUCCACUCGCCGGAACCCUAACCCUGACCCAGAGGAGGACGAAAACGAUACCGUCGCCGCCGCCGAAGACGAGGAGGAAUUGAGCGGGAGGAGGAGGGAGAAGAAACUGAAACUGGUACUGCGCUUGCCCUCGCAGUUGAAUUCAGCGUCUCUGAAUUCGGCUUCCUGCGGGUCGGAUUCGAACGCGGAGGAGGAGAACGUUCCGGCCAGUCACAAGAAGCGGAAGAUCAAUGCGAUCGGGGAUGGAUCCGGGCACGUGGACAGUGAAAAGGCAGAAAAGCCUAUUUCUGGUGCAAGCAACCAACAAGGGACUGAGUUGGAUGAUGGACCGGCUACCCCUUUACCCGAUAAAAAGUUAUUGGUGUUCGUCCUUGACAGACUUCAAAAGAAAGACUCUUAUGGGGUUUUCUCAGAACCAGUGGACCCAAAAGAGCUUCCAGACUACCAUGAAGUCAUAGAGCAUCCAAUGGAUUUCGGAACCGUUAGGAAGAAUCUUGCUGGUGGAGCUUAUGCCAGUUUGGAACAAUUUGAGAAAGAUGUUUUCUUGAUCUGUUCAAAUGCCAUGCAGUACAAUGCCCCAGAUACCAUUUAUUUUAAACAGGCACGAUCCAUACAAGAAUUGGCGAAGAAGAAUUUUGAGAAUUUAAGGCAAGAUAGUGAUGACAAUGAGCCCGAGCCGAAAAGGAGAGGUAGACCACCAACCAAGAAUAUAAAGAAGCCUCUGGGCAGGCCUUCUUUGGAGCGGCCUGGUUCAGAGUUUUCCUCAGAUGCAACUCUUGCUACUGGGGGAGAAAACACCAUGUGGUCCAAUCAUGAUCUGAGAAAGGGAGCUCUUAUUUCAGACAAAUCUGGUCCUGCUGAUUCAUUCGGCCGGUCUUUGCAUGGCACCCGCUACAGUGAUGGUAAUACUGGUUGGUCUGCUGAUCAGAAAUUAGAGAGACAUGAUGAAUUUACAGGUUCUGUUUUGAAAGGUAUUUCCCUGAAGCAUGGAAAGAAGCCAUUUGUACUUGAUGAGAACAGACGCAAUACCUACAAACAAUCCUCUUCAAUAGCUGUUGGGAGAGAGCCAUCUGUGUUGACUACCUUUGAUGGGGAGAAGAAACAGCUAAUGCCUGUGGGGCUUAACGCAGAGUAUGGUUAUGCAAGGAGCCUGGCUCGAUUUGCUUCCAACUUGGGCCCUGUUGCCUGGAAAAUUGCUGCAAAGAAGAUUGAAAAGUCUUUGCCUCCUGGAGUGAAGUUUGGACCAGGAUGGGUAGGAGAGAAUGAUGUUAUACCUCCAAAGCCACUUUUCGUUCCUUCAUCAACACCACUCUCAUCACUCCCGGGAGAUUCUAUACCUUGCAGUAUGGAUUCUCAGGAGGAUAAACCAUCACAGAAGACUGGAGGAAUCGGUUUACCAGAGAGGAAUGCGCUUUCAGCUCGCGCAGCCCUGGCUAGCCAUCCGGGCAAGUCUCUCCUUACAUCUGCUGCCGCCUCACCUCUCAUCAAUACUGCUAACAAAGCUUCAGGACCCAGCAGUGGAAGCACGGAAGCUAGUAUUGGAUUGAAUGCACAACCUGGGUUCAGCAUACUAAAUAGCAGUGCUGGUGCUGUCAGGCCCAGACCACCCUUCCAAAUUCAUCAAGGCCCCACUGCCCUCCAUCCUGGCAUGAACGGCUUCAAUGGCGCCUAUGGUUUCAACAUUCCAACUCAGAUGGGAAAACCAAUGGGAGCUGCCAGGCCAACUGGGUUCAACCUCCAGGCUCCUCAGAUGCUCGAUGCCAUCUCCCGAACCACCCCCAACUUCGGCCAUCCAGGGAUGGGAAAUAACCUAACCCCCGAGGAUCCCAAGUUCUUGGAAAAAUCAACUACAACCAACUCGAGCAGCCCAUUAUUACCUCAUCCAGGAGGAGAGGCCGCCGCUGCCCCACGAGUAGGGCCCCAUCCACAGCCCUCCUGGCCGGGACUGCCACCCCAACAGCGACAAGAUUCAGUACCCCCUGACCUUAACGUCAGAUUCCAGUCUCCAGGAUCUCCUAGCUCUAGCAAGGUCGACUCCACACAGCCUGAUUUAGCUCUGCAGCUCUGAGAAAUAAUUGAAUUAUUCUUUUUCCAUUUUCAUUUUUUCCCCUUUAAAUUAAGUUUAACCAUAGAAUCAUGGGAUGAGAAUUGCUGGUUCCUCUUUCAAUGUGGAGCCGAGCCAAGCCAAGCCAAGGCUGACUGUUGUAAUAGUGUAGGUUGGUUGUUGUACAGAUCAAUGUAUCCUAAUUCUUAGGCCAUAAGCAAAACAAAAAAAAACAAAAAAACAAAAAAAAAAGUUGGCAUUUGUAACAUCAGAAACCCAUGAUUGUAGUGCCCAGAUAAUUGUAAGACAGCUUAUUUUAUAUUCCAAACUGAUCGAUCUUA